CCUGCUCCCGCACCUCGCUCAACUAACUUCCUGUGAUGUCAGCCUGGAGGAAGUAGCAGUUUGGGUACAAGUCAGUCAGACUGUAUGGAGUAAACAGAGAGCGAAUCAACGAGGUGUGACAGGGUGGGUAUAUUGCGUGACCCCGAGGAUGGUCCAGAUUUUAGCCAACGGAGAUAUUGUACAGGAUGAUGACCCCCGGGUGAGAGCAAAUGCUCAGCACAGGGAGAACACCUCCCGGCAGGAGUUUUUCAACAUGGCGCCUAAUGCAGGCCAUGCUCCACUGCAGCAGCGGGCUGCCAGGCCUAGGGGGCGCUCUCCGUUUUCGGAACUGAACCAGCAGCUAAUGAACAUGGGAUUCCCCCUCUGGAACCUCGGUAACCAGGUGGUGGAGCCGGUGAUGUCCAUCCUGCUGCUUUUCCUCCUCAUGAUGGUGGGCGUGCGUGGCCUCCUGUUGGUGGGCCUUAUCUACGUGGUCUCACACCUGAGCCAGCGGUGACAGUGCCCUCACGCUGGCCACCACUGCUUCCUGUGUGGUGAAAGACCAGGUUUCCUUGUCAGACUUGAGUGUGUUUCUGAGUAUGCCCCCCACUGUGUGUGAGAGAGAGAGAGAGAGAGAGAGAGAGAGAGAGAGAGAGAGAGAGAGAGAGAGAGAGAGAGAGAGAGAGAGAGAGAGAGAGAGAGAGAGAGAGAGAGAGAGAGAGAGAGAGCGCGCAGGUGCAUAGCUGUGUAUCCUGAAAGCAGGGAGUAGUUUGAGCAUUGGCCUGCUAAACCCAGGGUUGUGAGUUCAAUCCUUGCAGGGACCACUUAGGGAUCUGGG